GUUUUCCAGCCAUGGUCUCGCGAGAGCGCGCGAGAGAGCGAGAUCUCGCGAGACCUCGCGAGACGAGAUUUGCUCCGUCGCUCACGCACAUGUUUUCUAAACCUCGUGGUGGCAAGAUCGGGUUUGCCGCUUAAAUUACGUCGAUUAAAGAAUAUUUAUCGUCAAAUAAGGUGAUCGGGAUACAUUUGCGACUCCGUGUUGUACGACUUUAAUAAUAUUGCACGUUCAGCGUUCGGCCACCGGCGAUUUCAACUGAACUCCCACUAGGCCGCGGUGAUUCAUCGGUCUCGCCUGGAUUCUCUGCUGGUUGAGCCGCAAGUUGCAAAGCCAUGGAGGAAGAUUUUCCCCGAGGAGGUGUCCAGCCAAAGGAACGAGUGGCCGCACGUGCCAUCGAAAAGUCUGCUGCUCACAGCGACAACCUCUUCGGCCAACACGAGUUGGAAAUUGAGGGCAAAAAGCGGCGAGCCAAGGAUGUUGAGGGAGAAAAAGUCAAGAAACUGAAGUUUGAACAAGAGGCCAUCAGCACUAAGCAUGCAGUAUUAAAGCCCAACAAAGUCCAGUUCAUCGACAUUCUUAAAUUGAAGAUGGUCAACCCAGACAUGCUUGUCCUGGGCUGCGUCAAGGUCUCUCUGGACCAUGAGCUGGAGGUGGGGUUGCCAGGUUGCCUCACUGGCAAUGUCCAGAUUGUGCACGUGUGCGAUGCCUACACUAAGAGCUUGGGUGACAACCUGGAUUCAAACCUGGAGUCAGAGACGGUCACUCCUCUGAGUGAGCUGUACCCACCAGGGACCCUGGUUCCUUGCCGAGUCAUGGAGGUUGUGCAGGGCAAAGGCAACUGGUGCAGGAUUAAUCUCUCAGUCAACCCUCGUGAUGUCAACAAGGAUCUCAGUGCCUCCUCUCUCAGACCAGGCAUGCUACUCCAUGGCUGUGUGGCCAGCGUAGAGGAUCAUGGGUACAUGGUGGACAUUGGCGUGUAUGGCACCCAGGCUUUUCUCAGCAAGGCUAAGGCUCAAGCAUUGGUGAACUCGAAGAAAGCGGGUCAAAACCUGUCGGUGGGCCAGCCGGUGUGGUGCAUCGUUGAGACUGUUCGGAGCCAAGGCCAUUCGGUUCAGCUCUCGGCCAACCCUACUAAACUGAGUGCGGCCAUCGCCAACGAGAAGCAUGGCUGGACACUCGACAACCUCCUGCCUGGCGUGAUUCUGUCGGGCACCGUUGAAAGGGUGGAGCACGAUGGGUUGGUGGUGGAGUUCCUGGGUUUGUUUGAAGGCAGCGUGGAUUCUUUGCAUCUCAGCCCACAAGUCAUUUACAAGAAGGGCCAGAAGGUGAAGGUGUGCGUUCUGCACGUGAUGCCCUCUUCCAAGCUGAUUGGGCUCAGCACCCUGCCAGCGCUGCUGCAACCGGGAAAACCAGCGUCGGACCCGAUCGGUUUCACCGUCGGUGACGUGUUUGAGGACUGUGCUAUCUCCCGUAUCCUCACGGGCGCGGGCAUCUUAUUGGUGCUGCCCAACGGAUCUCCUGCCUUCGUUCAUGUGAAACAGAUUUCCGACAAGGAGCGGCAGUUUCUAAGCGAAGACUCGAAGCAUAAAUGCCGCGUCAUAGCCUUCAGCCACGUGGACCAAGCGGCAAUCGCUUCCCUUCGGCAGAGCGUAAUCGAAGGUCCUUUUAUGCGCUACAGCGAUCUUGAGCUCGGGCAGACCGUGGAGGGCACGGUGCUGACGGUGGACAAGUUCGGCCUGCAGGUGCGCCUGACGGAUUACGUGCGCGGCUUCGUGCCGCUCUCCCACCUCGCGGACGUCGCCGUGCUCCACCCGGAGAAGAAGUUCAGCCCCGGCAACGAGGUCACCUGCAAGGUGCUGAACUGCUGUGCGGAGAAACACAAGCUGAUGCUGACGCACAAGCGGGCGCUGGUGCGCUCCAAGCUCCGCCCGCUCGUCUCCUUCGAGAGCGCCGUGCCCGGCAUGGUGGCUCACGGCACCGUGGUGUGCGUGCGCGACUUCGGCUGCAUCGUGCGCUUCUACGGCAACGUCAAGGCCCUGGCGCGGCGCUCCGACCUGGGCCUCGACUUUGGCGCCGACCCCACGCAGGCGUUCUACACGGGGCAGGUGGUGAAGGCUGUGGUCUUAAAUUCCUCUCCAGCCGAGGAGAGAAUGUUGGUUUCUCUGUCGGGGACGAUGAGUGGAAGGGAGACGCAGGAUGCUGGGUGCCCCGUUCAGCAAACAAGCUUCGCCAUCGAAGUGGGCAAGUGCGUGGACGUGCAGGUGCGCUGUAAGUCGGAGAAGGGGCUGGACGUGAACGUCACGGGUUCAGGAGCGCCGGGCUUCAUGCCCAUGAUGCACCUCUCUGACAACGUGCACGUGUGCCGACUGCUGCUGGAAGUCGUGGAGCCAGGCGACGUGCUGAGCGCCACGUGUUUCAGCGAGCGCAAUGGCAAAAUUUUACUGACAAAGAAGCAUGCUCUGCAGGUGGCGCUGUCCGGGGGCAAUGUGGCAAAGACACUCGACGACUUACAAGCUGGUAUGCUGCUGGUUGGUGUGACGAGGAGAAUGCUGCCGUACGGCGUGUCGGUGGAGUUCCCCUACGCCCUCAGGGGAAUGGCGUUCAAGGCCGCGCUGUCCGACGAGUACGUGGUGAGCUGCGAGGAGUUCUACUCGGUCGGGCAGACGGUGUUGGCGGCUGUGACCCGCGUGGACGAGGAGAAGAGCCGCCUGGACAUCUCUCUCCGAGUCUCCGAGUGCCUGGCCGACGCUGCGCUCGAGGGGACCGCGCUGCUCAGCCAGGCCCUGCGGGAGGUCGUCCAGGCUCGAGCCUUGCUCGCCAGCAAAGGCCGCGAGUUUCCCAAACCGGGGCAGAUGCUGAAGGCGACGGUGGAGGAGGUUUCCGCCGAUAGGUCCGUGGCGUUCAAAUCGGAGAGCGCGCCGGGUGUCUCGCUGAAGGCAACGGAACACCACGUGGACGGCCAGCAGUUGAGCGUGGGGCAGGAGGUGUCCGCUCGGGUGCUGUUUGUGGACUUUCUCGCCUCCACGGUGCACGUCAGCCUGAAGGCCGAGCUGUUGCCCAAGCGAAAGAAAAAAAAGCAAAUACAGCUGCGCGAAGGCUUCGUUUACUUUGCCACGGUGCAGUUCAUCGGCAGCGACCUGGCCGUCGCGUCGCUGGAAGAAAGCUCUCACCUGAUUUUCCUGCCCCUGGCCAACCACCUGAACGAGAUGCUGCGCCCCAACUCGGGCUCGCUGAGGGUGGGGGAGAAGCUCAAGGUCGUGGUGAAGUGCGCCGACCCCGAGGAGCACGAUGGUGUCCUGGUGGCCGCGCCGGACUCCGGCCACCUGCGCAACGGCGCUUUCAGAACGAGAGCUCGGACGGCGUCUGUGAGCGAGGAGGGCGGCGAGGUGACCGACGGAGUGUACACGGUGAACGGUCGAGCCCUGCGGCUCGGCGACGUCUACAAGGGCACGGUGAAGUCAUCGCGGGGCUUGCGCGCCAUGGUCACCCUGCCCGGUGGAGUCAUGGGCCGCGUGCACGUGUCGGAGAUCCGGGACGAGGCGACGACCGGACAGAAGCCAACGAUGUCGCUCAAGGCCGGAGAGACGGUUGCCGUCAAAGUGAUUGGUGGCCAGGAGAUCAAGACGCACAAAUAUUUACCCAUCACGCAUCAGAAUUUAGUAAUACAUUUGCCAGAGCUCACAAUGAGACCCAGUAAACUGAACAGUAAUAACAAGGAAGACUUCUGCAUCCCAUCAGUCAAGGAGUGUCUUGGGUCAUACCAACCUGGACAGACUAUCACCUGCUUUGUCAACAAGUACCAGGAGGAACGGAAAGCCCUGUGGGUGGACGUGAAUGCCGUGGUCAGUGGACGUGUGGAGCAACUCCUCAUUAGCAACAGGCCAAAGGUGUUGGACAAUCCGCUGCAGAAGUUUCGUGUGGGAUGCGCCGUGCAGGCCACCGUGGUGGCUUGCAAGGUGGAGCAGGAGUCGCUCAGUCUCUCACUCUCUGGUGUGUACAAGCUGUCACCUGGCACUGUAACGCUGGGACGCGUGAAGUGCAGUCAGCCGGGCAUCGGCCUGCUGCUGUCGCUACCGAUGGGCCACACGGGCAGGGUCUUGCUCACGGAUCUGAACGACUCCUUCGUCCAGAAGCCCCUGGACGCCUUCGAGGUGGGACAGAUUGUGCCGUGCUAUGUGCUGGAGAACGGAGGCAAGAUGCGAGUCAUGCUCUCGCUGCGCGAUUCCAGGGUGAACCCGCCGACGGACGAGGAAGAGGCAGAGGUGAAGGACAAGGAGCUGUCAUCUUUGGAGGACCUCACGGUGGGCUCUGUGGUCCGUGGCUACGUCCACACUAUUGUCAACAACCAAGUCUUGGUCAACUUGUCGUGGUGCGUGAUGGGCCGGAUCUCACUCCGCAACCUGUCCAAGUACUUUGUAAGUGGCUCUUCACUCAUGGAGAGGUACAUUCGCAAGGGCCGGCUCAUCUCUGUGAAAGUGCUCAGCGUCGACGCGGAGACCAAGAGGGUGGAGCUGUCUUCCCUGCCGAACGACACGGGAGGCAAGGACUUGUUCCCGGGCUCCAUAGGGCUGAGGCUGUGGAGGAGCAAUGACAACAAAGACGAGACUCGCAAGAGGAAGGCGGCGGCGGAUACCGCCGAGCCGGUCCCUGAGGAAAAGAAGAAGAAAAAGAGGAAAACAGCAACGGAGAAAGCGGAGGAGUGCACGGACAGCGGCGUUGAGAUUUACUUCCGAGAGGGCAGGGAUGACAGUGAAACCGAGACGAAGGGCAAGAGCGCAAAGGCGGAGCGCGGCGCAGCCUCCCUCGAGCGGCUGCAGGCGCCGGGCUCCUUCAGCUGGGACGCCUCUCUCGCCUCCCUUCAAACGGGCAUUCUGGGAGCCCACAACGGGGGAGGCGGAAUUGACACCAGCGACGACGAGGAUGACAGCGACGCAGCGGGCCAGCAGAAGAAGAAGCAGCGGAAGAACAGGCAGGAGGCUUUCGCCGAGCGCAAGCGCGAGGAGAAGGAGCUGGAGCAGCUGGAGGCGCGGCUGGCCGACCCGUCGCGCGUGCCGCAGUCGGUCGACGACUUCGACCGCCUGGCGCUGAGCUCGCCCAACAGCUCGCUCGUGUGGCUGCAGUACAUGGCGUUCCACCUGCAGGCCACCGAGGUGGACAGGGCCCGCGCCGUGGCGGAGCGGGCACUCAAGACCAUCUCCUUCAGAGAGGAGCAGGAGAAGCUGAAUGUGUGGGUGGCACUGCUGAACCUGGAGAAUCUGUACGGGGACGAGGCUUCGCUGAUGCGCGCGUUCGAGCGUGCUGUGCAGCACAAUGACGCGCUCAAGGCGUUCCGGCAUCUCGCGCAGAUCUACAUUGGCUCGGACAAGUUCCAGCAAGCCGACGUUCUCUACAACAAGAUGCUGCGCCGGUUCCGGCAGGAGAAGGCCGUGUGGCUGGCCUAUGGAAGCUUCCUGGUCCAGCGCGGACAGACGGACUCGGCCCGCCGCCUCAUGCAGCGCGCGCUCAAGAGCCUGCCCGAACGAGAACAUGUGGACGUGAUCGUGAAGUUCGCGCAGCUUGAUUUCCGCUCGGGUGAAGUGGAGCACGGAGUGGCCGUGUUUGAGAACACGUUGAGCAGCUACCCGAAGCGCACGGACAUCUGGUCAAUCUACAUUGACAUGCUGGCCAAGCAUGGCACCGCACAGCAGAUCCGGGCCGUCUUCGAACGCGUCGUCCACAUGAACUUCUCGCCGAAGCGGAUGAAGUUCUUCUUCAAGCGCUACUUGGACUACGAGCGCAAGCACGGCGAUGCCGCGUCCGUACAGCGCGUGCGGCAAAAGGCCCUGGAGUACGUGGAGGAGAAGAGCAGCGUCGGGGUGAAGAAGUAGCCUCCCCUCCCCCGGUGGCGCGUUGGAGCGGGGGGGGGGUGGGGGGUGCGGAGAAGGUCACGUAACUUUCUUUUUUUUAACGUAAAUUAUACCGUGGCGUAGAACUCGACAAGCAUAUCUGUGCCAGCUCGUGAUGAUUUGCCUUGGGGGGGCUCGGGGGGGGGGGGGGGGCGGCGGUAUGACAUCGUGGGGUUAACUCGGAUAAGGUUGCGACAUAAAAAUCAUUUGUAUAAUUACAAGGAUGUCAAAUACGUUAAAAGAAGUAACGUUUUCAAAGGCCAUUCCGAAAGAUUUCCCCGCAGCGAGUUGUCCAGAGCAGUGUUCACAUUGUUGUCAUGUAAUAUACUUGUGUGUGUGUGUUGGUACCUUGCUGGGUUCGUGGGUUCAUAAAGAGAUCUAAAUAAAAGGAUUUUUUUUUCCCCCGAACACGAAGCCUGUGUUGUUUCAAUAUGGAACAGCGUGAUUCGGACAGCAAGAGUUCUGAUCUUGCGUAGAUUAAAAGGCCAUUGUGUGUAAUAAACAGUUAUUAUUUUGGCUUGUAUCACUGUGAGUGUUACUUAACAGGCAUUACUUUAUUUCCGAUUCAUCAAUACAACAGUAAUCAUUUACAGCCCUUGUUCAAUCUGCUGCUGAAUGAAGGCCUCCCCUGUGAUGUGUCAGUCCUGAGUAACUGAUAAUUACUCUGAUCAGCGUGGUUGGCUACCUACGGUGCGAAAGAAGUUCAUGACACAUACUUGAAGGGUUGUUUUCCCAUACUUUACCAAUCUGGUAAGUUUGAUUUGGUGAAAUGGCAGGAUGAUAUAAGGUGAACUCAUCCAUCAAUCAGUGAUGUAAGCUAUGACCGGGAAUUGAACUCGGGGUGCCGGGCUCAUAGUGCAGUGCACAAACCUCUGCAACAGCACUUCCCUCUAUUCUUGUAGACUUCUCUGUCAGUUUUAAUAAUUAAGAUAAAAAGUACAAAUUAACCUGUACAAUCUGUUCCACUUGCCUGAAGUUGUCCUUCCUCCACACCUCCGAUUAGCACGAUUGUCAAGGUACGGUGCGAAAGAAGUUCAUACAAUGCUUUCAUGAAUUCGGAAUCUUGUUCUCCAGUGGUGUGACUGGUUUGGUGUUUCUCCUCUCGCCAGCAUGGCAAUGUGUUCAUCGCCAUGGUGCUUUACGAAAACUGAGAAUUACCAAAGACUAAUUCUUAACGUGUGGAAUUUACCCAUUAUGGUGAGUGUUGCAAUGCUAGUGUCAUCAGGUCACAUGCUUGGCUAGCUUAUGCAACUGCUUAUGGUUCGGCUUGUUACCUCUUUAAUCGGCAUUAACAGUGCUGUGUUUAUAAAAUCGGUUACAAAAUGUCCUGCCAUUGUUGCUGGGAUCUUAAAUAGGCCUGCUGAUUGCUUUUUAAAGCGGGAUGUCAUUCAUCCUUAAAUCUUUUUUUAAAUGUUCAGAUUUAAGCCGAAGCACAGCUGAUAUGAUGUAAGGCUUUGGGGCAACGUGCUACUUGCAGCAGCAUCUUAUAGAGAACCUUUUGCCUAAUGCCGCGAUAUUGGACAAGGCUCCACUGGGUGUGAAGUUGUAAUUGCAAAUAAGUGCCUGGGAAUAGUGUCAUUGUAGUGCAUUGCAGCUAAUUAUGAAACCCGCUGCUCUGUUUAAACACGAUUGGUUCGUUCGAUGAAUCUCUGUGGCUGCAGAUUUCCACUCAGUCGGGGCGCUUUCUCGGCUGUGUCAUUUUGCUGCACACCCCCCCCCCCCCCCGGCCCUCCACAGCCUCACCGUCGUGUUGGGAUGAGCUGUCGUUGGCCAGAAGUGUCGAACAAUUACGUUGGAAAAUGUUGAAAAAUGCUCGUGUUGAAGCCCUUUAAGUUGUAUGCAUAAACAUAAAUUAACGUUUGUAAAUUCCUCAAAAUUGGGGUUCUUGGUCACAUUAAAGGAUAUUAUUUGUAAA